CUUCAGUGUUGUGCUGUUGUUAGCUGCGCGACAGUAUGAGCACUAUGCAAGGAAUCAAUCGUUGGCCGAUUCACGCGAACCACUGCAACUGUUUUUCUCACUAUCAAGUUUGAUGGAACAGAUGCCAAUUCAAGGGGAUGAUACGAAAGCGGCAUGGAUACUGUUGCUGGAUCGUUUUGAACGAUGGAUUGACGUACGGACGAUUGAUGGAAAAUCGAACGAUAUCGAUGACACGCAUAUUCAGUUGAGGAGAAAACUGACUUCUCAGGCUGGUUUUGGCUCACUGCCUCGAUUUUACAAUCGAUUUUUGUUCACCGAUGAAGACCAAGUGGUGAUUCGUUUUCGUGAACGAGAAAUGUUUGGCAAAAAUGUCGUAUACAAGGAGAAAGAGCAGGAAUGGCCAUAUGAUAAGGUUGUAAAAUAA